GGACCCCAUUCCUUAUGACACUCCCAAGCCAGCAGGACACACCAGGUUUGUGUGUGUGUCAGACACACAUUCGCGUACAGACGGCAUCCAGAUGCCCUACGGCGACGUGCUGCUGCACAUGGGUGACUUCACCGAGCUGGGCCUGCCCUCCGAGGUUAAGAAGUUCAACGACUGGCUAGGGGGCCUCCCGUACGAGUUUAAGGUGGUGAUCGCUGGAAACCAUGAGCUGACCUUUGAUAAGGACUUUAUGGCCGAGCUGGUCAAGCAGGAUUACUACCGAUUCCCCUCAGUCUCCAAACUGAAACCAGAGGACUUUGACAAUGUCCAGUCGCUCCUCACAAACUGUGUGUACCUGCAGGACUCGGACGUCACCAUAAAGGGAUUCCGGAUAUACGGGGCGCCAUGGACUCCGUGGUUUAACGGCUGGGGGUUCAACCUGCCUCGGGGUCAGUCUCUGCUGGAUAAAUGGAACCUCGUCCCUGAAGGCAUCGACAUCCUGAUGACCCACGGACCUCCACUCGGUUUCCGAGACUGGGUCCCCAAGGAGCUGCAGCGGGUCGGCUGUGUGGAGCUGCUCAACACAGUGCAGAAGAGGGUGCGACCCAAACUUCAUGCCUUUGGAGGCAUUCAUGAAGGCUACGGGAUCAUGACAGACGGCUUCACGACGUUCAUCAACGCGUCGACCUGCACCGUCAGCUUCCAGCCUACCAACCCCCCCAUCGUGUUCGACCUGCCCAACCCCUCCAGCUCCUGAGACCAGAGGACAGGGGUGGGGACGGUCACGGGCUCGAUAAACUACUUUUUUUCUAUAAAUAUGUCAAGUUUAAAAAAAAAAAAAUUCUAAGUGUUUCUUUGCAAACUUUUGGUCUUCUCCAAGCUGUUGUUGAGAUUGAGAAGAUUUGGAGACAUGGGGUGGGGUGGGGAGUUUGUCGGGGAGGGUUAAAGGAGAAUACCGGUGUUUUCUGUUUUUUUCUUCUAAUCGUGCCAACAGUGCUGGUUUCCCUCUGAGGUUUUUGUUUUCAACACAGUCAGCGUAGUUGCAGAUAUCAGGGUUUGUUUUCCUCCAGAAGGAGAAGAGUGUUUUUCAAUCUCGUCUGUCUGAAAAAACAACUGCCACAUUGCGAGGUAAUCCAUGAAGAAACUUUGUCUUUUGUCCUGAUUUCAUCCUGCAGAGUUCAGCAUUUUUAUAUCAACGCUUCUCAGUGCUCUGCUUCCUGUUAAUCGCCUGUGGCCACGGAAAGAAAUGGAAACUUCAUCCAGAAAAUAAUCCUUUAAAAAUUCGUUGCCUUGAUGAUUUAAGUUGAUGAUGUCUGAUGACACAGUUGGAGUUAUUUUCAACAUAACAAGCUUGUUUUCUUGAGAUCACAAAUCAGUGUGUUUUUGGGUUGCAGGAAAAUACUUUGUAUUUUUUUUACAUUCCUAAAAUAUCUCUUGAAUUUUUUUUUUCCAUGGUCACAAAAAAUACAAUUUCAGCAUCACAAGAAAACAUCAGGCUGAAUCCAAAUGUCCACCCUCUGGACAUGUGGACUUCAGUCGUACUGUGAUGUGUUCACUGUCAUCAUGUAAAGACUGCAAGCAGCUGAUCGACAGCCCUUGAGUCCUCUUUGGCCUUUUGUACUUUAGUACUCUUAUAUUUGCAUGUCCUUGAUCAUUUGGAAAGUUUUUAUUUAAAGAAAGAAAAAACAAGUGUUAGUCAAACUAAUUAUGCAAUGUGAGAUGAAUUUGGGUGGCAUGUUAAACUGAGCUAUGAGUGACGCCGGUAUUCUCCUUUUGUCAGAGGGAUUUUGUGGUUAAACAAUCUUGCUCUUGAUAAAUAUUGGUCAGAUCUGUAACAUAAAUGAUGCUUUGUGAAUUUGUACAAUUUCUUUGUGUUUGGUUUGCAUUGGCCGGACAAUGGAUGCCAUUGUUUUAUGUUGUAUCAUCUGAUAUUUUGUGUUUAGGUCUUUUUUUUUUUUUUUUUCUUGUCAGUUCGUCUUUUCUUAUUGGCUGACAGGGACGCUGCCUUAAACUAGCUUUAAUGUUCUCAGCUAGAGCCCCACUCUCUGCGAGCUCAGAGAAAAGUCCUUAUUUAUUACCCCGCAGAACAACACCUGACUAACGCAGGGACAGAAAGCUAUCAAAUUACAGCCCGAAAAAUUAACUUUGUAACAUCCCGUUAUGGAUUUCUGAUCUAAUUUGGAAAAUGUAUGUAUAAAAUAUAUAAAUAUAUAUAUUAUAUAUUCAUGUUGUAAAACAUCUGUACUAAAAGUUGUGUUUGACAAAAAAAAGAAAAAAGAAAAUCUGGUGCAUUAUUUUCAUUAUGCACCUGUAUAAUUGACCUGUUUCUUUAAUGCUCCCAUCAGACGCUCUUUCUUUCAUGUUUUUUGUAUCGACUCUCCCGGUAGGGUAGACAUUCAUUUUUGGAUGAGAGAGGAAAAUUUGUCAGAGUCACAAUCUAACAGGUGCUGGUUGUUCCCAACAACGCGCCUGCCUAAACCUGGUAAAGUUGUCCUUUAAAGUGUAAAUCUGAUAGUAUUUGUGUUUUAUUGCUUUCUUUUUUUCUAAUUUUGCACUGUGUGUAAAUGCAAUCUUGCUAGCACAAAAAAAAAAUGUUGCCAAUAGUUGUCUCAACUUUGCCGCUGUAAAUGCUCUUUCCGUGCUCUGUUCCUCUCUCGCUCUUUCUCUGAUUGUAUCCCUCUUCAUGGAAAUGUUAGUUCUCUCUUUCAGUUCAUUGUGAUAUAUUUAGCUGCCUUUAUAUGCAAAUAAAAUUGCAAGAUUUUUACUUAUCAA